GCGCGCGCGCGCUGCUCCUAUCAGACUAAGACAGAGAUAGACAGAGGUGUAGACGACUACAGAGCAGUCCAGGAGAAUUACUUGCAGAUCUUAAUAAAGCAAUUCAAAGAAGACUUUUGAAGAAAGGAUCUGCAAGUGGACAAGGAUUGGAUUUAUUUCUCACUCAGCUGUGCCUUGGAAGAGGGAAAUAACUUUUUUCCUUCUCAGAAUUCUUGCCCUUUUUUAAAAAAAAAAUAAAAACAUUUCUGACACUAAGCGCUCUCCAUUGGAAAGUACUCCACCUACAUCCUCUCAUUCCGUGGUCCCCACGAGAAUGAUGCACCCCACCACCUCCAUCACCUCUCUCUUCUCCUUCACCAGCCCGGCGGUGAAGAGGUUGCUGGGUUGGAAGCAGGGUGACGAGGAAGAGAAAUGGGCAGAGAAGGCGGUCGAUUCCCUGGUAAAGAAACUGAAGAAAAAGAAAGGUGCCAUGGAGGAACUGGAGAAGGCGCUGAGCUGCCCCGGACAGCCCAGCAAAUGCGUCACCAUCCCGAGGUCGCUGGACGGGAGGCUUCAGGUGUCUCACCGUAAAGGCCUGCCUCACGUCAUUUACUGCCGCGUUUGGCGUUGGCCUGACCUUCAGUCUCACCACGAGCUGAAAGCCCUGGACUGCUGCGAGUUUCCCUUUGGCUCCAAGCAGAAGGACAUAUGUAUCAACCCCUACCAUUAUCGCCGUGUGGAAACCCCAGUCUUGCCCCCCGUGCUGGUGCCACGUCACAGUGAGUUCAAUCCUCAGCACAGCUUGCUGGCAAAGUUCCGGAACGCGUCCCUUCACAACGAGCCACUAAUGCCUCAGAAUGCCACCUAUCCAGAGUCCUUCCCUCCCAUGCCUGGGAGCUCUUUCUCGUCGUCUCCUUCGAGCACUCUCGCGCAGUCACCUAACACAGUCAGUUACCCCAACUCUCCCAGCAGUGCUACUGAACCAGGAAGCCCCUAUCAAAUGACAGCAGAGACUCCGCCUCCACCGUACAGCAUGAUGGAAACGUCGCCGCCAGAGGACGUGAAGCCAGGGGAGACCUCAAACCAGAAUAAACUGAUUUUCUCUGCCCCCCACAGAGAUCUUCAGCCUGUUUGUUAUGAAGAACCAGAGUAUUGGUGCUCCGUGGCCUAUUACGAGCUGAACAACAGAGUGGGCGAAACAUUCCACGCUUCCGCUCGCAGCAUCCUCGUGGACGGUUUUACGGAUCCGUCCAACAACAAGAACCGCUUCUGCCUCGGCCUCCUGUCCAACGUCAACCGCAACUCUACGAUAGAGCACACGCGCAGACACAUCGGCAAAGGUGUACAUCUGUACUACGUCGGUGGUGAGGUCUAUGCGGAAUGCCUGAGUGACAGCAGUAUUUUUGUCCAGAGUCGUAAUUGUAACUACCAGCACGGCUUCCAUGUCACCACGGUCUGCAAGAUCCCAAGCGGGUGCAGCCUGAAAAUCUUUAACAACCAGUUGUUUGCCCAGCUCCUGGCCCAGUCCGUGAACCACGGCUUCGAGGUGGUCUACGAGCUCACCAAGAUGUGUACCAUCAGGAUGAGCUUCGUGAAGGGCUGGGGAGCUGAGUAUCAUCGUCAGGAUGUGACUAGCACACCCUGCUGGAUAGAGGUUCAUCUCCACGGGCCACUGCAGUGGCUGGACAAAGUUCUGACCCAAAUGGGUUCUCCACAUAACCCCAUCUCCUCAGUGUCGUAACACUAAAACAACGCAACCAAUGCAACCACACAACAGGAUCAAAACAGGACAAGAAGUGCACUCCAAAACUAGACACUACAAUGUUCACAGUCAUUUCAAAAGAUGUUGGUGGUACAGGUAGACACUAAAGUCUGUCUUUUUAGUAUGAUAUGGUUGUUCAGCUGGAGGGUGUUUUCAUUCUCCUUAUGGAGUGUAUUCUUUUUCCAAACCCGGUAGGGAUGCAACGGUACACGGUAUGUUGUCGAGCUGUUCGGUAUGCCCCCCCCCCCCCCCUCGGUUCAAUAUGCACAUUAACCGCGGUAUUACGAUACGCCUGUCAGUUCCCUUUAAUUUCCAAAACUGGAUACCGCGCUGUAGACUACACGCACAUUUUACGUUCAGAUCCACAGAAUAUCAGAAUUCCGUCUUACAAAUCCGCUGCGUGGGAACAUUUUGGAUUCAGCGUUCAAUACGAUGACGAGGGUAAGAAGGACAUAAAGAAAGAGAGUGGAGGCUGCAAGCAUUGACACUGUCGGCCUAGUCAGUCAUGCUGCUGUUCUUCUGAAUGGAAGGUUUUAUUUGUGAAUAGGCGAAAUAAAGAGUUCGUUGUUUAAAUUGUGCUGUAUUUAUAUACUGUUUUCUUAAACGUAAAGAUGGCAAAACCAUACCGUUACCAUGGCCCAAACCGUGAUAGAUACCGAAUCGUGGGGCCACUGUACCGUUGCAUCCCUAAAACCUAGGUAGUUAUGUAUAACUCCAGAAAGUUUCAGUGCACAGUAAGUAGAAGCUGUAAGUAGGUACUAAUUCAAGUUAGCAUAGUGUUUGUAUGUUUGUUUGUUCUGUUUCUAUGACUAAAACUGUGAGUUCUGUGAGAUUUUAUGUGUUUGCAUUCUCCCUUUUUGUGUUUGUUUCACAGAAUUGUAUAAAUAUCAUGCAUCUUUGUAUCGGGUCUUGUAAAGCGU